AUGGAAGCCAUCUGCUUGAGGAGGACGAAAGAGCAGGGCAUACUCGGAUUGCCUCGAAAAAUCAUGAAAAUAUGUCCUGUCGAUCUUUCUGCUGAGGAGAGAGAGCUUUACGAUCAGAUGGAAGUGGAGGCUAAGACUGCCGUUCAGGAUUACAUCUCCUCAGGCACAGUCAGAAGCCACUACAUAGCCGUACUUGGAAUAGUUCUUCGACUCCGCCAGACAUGUACUCAUAUGGACCUCUGCCCUAAAGUUCACAUUGCAACUCUUCCGUGCAGCAAUAAAGAAGAGCUGUCCAACAACCCUGAGCUGCUGAAGAAAAUGGCGGCAAUACUCGACGGCAGUGAAGAAUUGGAGUGUCCGAUCUGCCUUUCGGCCCCAAACAACAUUGUGAUCACACGGUGUGCUCACAUAUACUGCCAGUCAUGCAUCCUCAGGACCCUCAAGCGUGACAGACCCCGCUGCCCUCUUUGCCGGCAUGAUCUCUCGGAGUCUGAUAUUUUCUCAGCUCCAACAGAACAAAGUAAUGCCGAAAUAGCCUCUUCCGGAGAAUCAUCUAGGAUAACUGCUCUCCUGAAACUUCUAUCAGAAGCACGGGAUCAGGACCCCACAGCAAAGUCUGUUGUAUUCUCCCAGUUCAGGAAGAUGCUGAUCUUACUUGAAGAGCCUCUGAAGACUGCUGGCUUCAAUGUACUGCGUUUGGAUGGAUCGAUGAUCGCAACAAAGAGGGCUCAAGUGAUCAAAGAUUUUGGUGUGCCAGCUCCUAAUGGUCGUCCCACGGUUUUGCUUGCCAGUCUAAGGGCAUCAAGUACCGGAGUUGAUCUCGCCGCUGCUAAUAGGGUGUACCUUCUGGAGCCCUGGUGGAAUCCAGAAGUUGAUGACCAAGCAAUAAACAGAGUACACCUGACAGGGCAAACGAAAGACGUGACUGUUGUACGAAUCGUUGCCCGAAACAGCAUCGAGGAGCGGAUAUUGGCUCUCCAGGAUCAGAAGAGGAUGGCUGGGCCGGCGGUGUACAAACUAAACAUCAAUGAUAUCCGGACUCUGCUAUCCUUGCUCCUUGAAGGUCCCACAGUUUUGCUUGGCAGUCCAAAGGCAUCAGGUACCGGAGUUAAUCUUGCUGCUACUAAUACGCUGCACCACCUCGAGUCACGGUGGAAUCCAGCUAUUGAGGAACAAGCAAAUGACAGAGUCCAUCGGAUAGGGCAAAUGAAUGAGGUGACAAUUAUGUUAUACAGAUCUACAUACAUAUUCAAAGUCAUCACAUCACCAGCACGGUCCUUUCCAAAGGAAGUAUCGAUGCAAUUGCUAUGGUGGAGAUCCAUUCAAAAAGUAGAUGGGAUGAUUGAAAUUGUUGUUUUUAGGUAUUUUAUCAUCGGGAUUGUUCUUGGUACAUCAUUAAAAUUGGGUUUUAUUUGGUCUUCAGGUGUUACUGUGCAAGUAUGCAAGUCUUGCACAGUAACAUUGGUUGUGUCCUCUGCUGGAAAUGCGUCUGAUUUGAUUGAUCUUGUAGCUUCCAGGACAACAUUGGUUGUGUCCUCGACUUCUGUGUUUUCGACGUGCAAAGAGCAAUUGAAAAAGCACACGAAGCCGGGGAAGUUAAGUGUUUACUUGUAUUAUGAACAGAGGACUAAGGACCCAAUGGAGCUUGUAAAGUAUGAUUUGGUACUCACCACAUACUCUUUAUUGGCUUCUGAACUGGAAUCGGGAUCACCAGUAUUCCAAGUACCUUGGUGGAGGGUGAUUUUGGAUGAAGCACAUCUGAUUAAGCACUCCACUCCUACACAAGCCUCUGCUGUACUUAGGUUAAAUGCUAGACGGAGGUGGCUGGUCACAGGAACUCCCCUACAGAACACCACAAUGGACAUGUAUUCUUUCAUGUCAAUUUUUGAAAUACAAUCCAUUUACAGACAAACACUCCUGGAAAAAGACGCUGCUAAAGCCAGUGGACACAAGUAG